CGACAGCCGGUGAGGUGGGUGGUGAGAGGUGAUUUUGUUUACAUUAAACAUUAUAAAAAUGUAAUUAUUUAACUGUUGUGAAUAUAAAUUAAUUGGCAAAAAUCUCUUAAUUGGAAGAAUUAAAUCAUGGCAAAUGUAACACAAAUUAGCUUAGAGUCCCUCUUGUUGAGAGCAACAAAUCCUAACAAUUCAAUCAUGGACGUGGCAGCCCUAAAUGCCUUUUUUGCUCUAAUCAAUAAGGAAAGGGAUGGCUCUACCUUGGGUAUAAAAGUUAUAGCAGCUCGUCUACCAGUGGGAACUGAAAAAGAAGUUCUUUCAAUUUUAAACGUAUUGGAUUCUUGUAUGUCCAAAUGUGGUUCCUCUUUUCAAAAUGAAGUUGGAAAAUUUAGAUUUUUAAAUGAAAUGAUAAAGCUGGUGUCUCCAAAAUAUCUGGGAUCUAGAACACCCCUUUCUGUGAAACAAAGAAUUCUGCAGCUCCUUUAUUUAUGGACUUUAGAUUAUCCUAAGGAAGUGAAAAUUAAAGAAGCUUUUGAUAUGUUAAGGAAACAAGGGGUUAUUCGGGAAAUACCCAAUCCCAAUAUUCCACAAGAGGCUUUGGGAUUUGAAUCAAAGAAAAGAGUUGCCAACUCUAUUUUUCAAGAUGAAGAAAAGUCAAAUAUACUAAGAAAGCUAUUGCAAAGUAAAGAUCCCGAAGACAUACAAGCAGCUAAUUGGCUUAUUAAGAGUAUGGUGAAAGAAGAUGAAAAAAUUGCAGAUCUGAAAAGUAAAACCUUGUCAGAACUGGAAUCAGUUCAGAAUAACAUAAAAUUAUUGAAUGAGAUGAUUGGGUCAUUCAAAGAUGGAGAUACAACAAAAAAUGAACUGGAUUUGAUGGGAGAAUUACAUGAUAAUUUAGUGAGAUUUAAACCAAAUUUGAAGUCCAUGACUUCCUCAGAUGAGAGUUGGCCAAUGGAUUUGAUAGAAUCUGUGCUGAAAACAAUGGAUGAAGUGACUGAAUGUUUGGGUAGAUACAGCCAAGUAGUUUUGGAUUGUAAAAUUGACAAGUGCAAGAGUAAUUUGGCGUCUCUUUUGGAAUUGGAUCAGCAGGCAAUUGGUAGUGGUGCCACUUCUUUAAUUCAAAUGGAUCAAUUUAGAGAACCAAAAAGUAGCAUAGAUGAUUGUUCUUGCAGUAGCCACAAUAGCAGUCAAACCAGUCAAAUAAGCAGUACAGCUUCAAAGUCCUCUACGGAUGUAUUAUGUGAUGUUUUUUCUGGUUUGAGUGAUGCUCCAGAAAGUACUGAGAUUUUACAGCCUGUAGCAUUAUCAAAAAUAGGUGAGAUAGCAGAGGUUGCAGCAGACAAUGAUAAAGAGAAGCAAAAGAAAAUCAAAGCUUUAGAAGAUCUUGAUGUUUUGGGGGAACAUUUGCUUAAAGAAAACAUACCUUCCUCAAAUUAUAGAAAUCAAGAUAAAGUCCCCAUGAACCUUCUAACAAAGAUAAACGAAAUGAAAAAAUCUCAGAUUCAAAAUACCUUACAGCCCAUAGUGGAAUCGUCAAAACUCGACUUGCAUUAUUUGCUGCAAAACCCUAAAAGUACAGAGUCAAGUCUCAGUCCAAAUAGUUCAAAAUCUGAUGAAAAUUUAAGUCAAGUAGACAGUGCUGAUGAUUGCUUAGUGGAUAUAAGCGAUGACAAAUGCAAUGAAAAUAAAAGAGAAACUGAUCAGCGUCCUGUAGGAGAGACAAAAAAAGAAAAAGGCGAAAUUGUGAAGCUUCUACAAAAGCUGGAAGCUUUGGAAGCAUCAAAGUCAAAUGGAGAUUCUAAUCCAUCAAAACAUGAAGAUAAGUCUACCUGCCUUAUAAAACUGAAAGACAUUUGUAUAAAGCUGGAAGAUAUCAAGCCCAGUUCGAAAAAGUCAGUAGUUGCAAUGGACGACAAAAACAGCCUGUCAGUUUUGUUACACAAGGCCGCAGGAGCUCCACAUCCAUUGAUUUCAGUAUACGUUAUUACUACUAUCAGCAGAAAUGAGAUGCCACUGAGCAAUUACCUGUUUCAGGCUGUAGUUCCAAAAGAAUGCAAAUUCAGAUUGAUUGCUCCAUCUUCUACCGAAUUGCCUGCAUUUAAUCCCUUCUUACCUCCAGCUGCAAUUACACAAAUAAUGCUAAUUGCAAACCCCAAAAAUCUCAAAGAAAUUUCUCUGAAAUUUAUUGUCAGUUAUGUGGUUGACGAUGAUACUGUGACUGAAAUGGGAGAAGUUGAAAAUUUGCCAUUGGAAAACUCCGAAAAAGCUUAAGGAUUAUAUUUACUACUAUUAAUAGUAUUAAUUUGUAGGGAAAUUUUGCCCUAUUGUGAACGUUUUCAAACGAAAUAAUUCAAUUGGUAAUUGAUUGAGUAUUUUUUCUAUAAAAAUAUUUUUGUUUGUACUUGACUUUGACGUGAUCUUUUAGGGAUUUAUGGUAAUUUGACCUAUUAGUUCAUGGAAAUCAUGCUAAAAAAAGGGGUGUUGCCUUGCAUGAAAUGAGGUAUUUCUGAUUUUUUGAUAUGUUGUAUCUGAUGAAGUGGUUAUGACAAAUUCGAGUUUUCGACUUCGAAAGCCCUCCUGAUCACUGUUAAAUAUUACUAAAACUGCUAAAUUUUUCCCUUUUUUAACUUUUUGUCAAUUUUGACCACCAAGGACUAAUGUUACGGCAAAAGUCGUUACCUAUGUACAAUUUUUAAGUAAACAAAAUUAAAAAAAAAAAAAACAAGAUUAAUUUGGUGUUUGUAGGUGGAAUGGUUUUUAAGAUACAGCAAUUUGAAGUUUUGCAUAAUUUCAAAAAAGGAAAAAAUGCAUUUUUUGGAAUAAACUUCACUUUAUAGAGGCAACUUUCUCCCCUCUACACAAUGGUGUAGCCAAAUUUGAAAUCCGACGUUUCGUCUUUGGUCGAUCAUCAUCAACUUUAUUAUUUUUAAUAUAGGUUUGCCUUUUUUUUUCAAAAUUGUAUUCGGAGCUUUUUGAUCCCCUGAAAGCAGUGAGACAUUUGGCCAUUGAUAAAUAUUUUUUUUAAGAAAAAUAACGCGUCGAAUGAAAUGCACGACCAACUAGCCUAUCUCUUUCCAAUGCACUGUUUUCACUAAAUCCGGAUAUAUUCGGAAUUUCCAAAUUUCGAAGAGGCGUUUUGUUAAGCAAGAAUUUGUGCAACUUUGCCCCAAUUUAAACGCAUCUGUCUCUCUUACCGUUUCUUAUAUCCCAAUGGUUGUCCGUUGCCCUCGAAAAACGGACACCCUGUAUACAAUAAAGUAUUUCGUGUUACAAAAACAAACAAAAAAUCAAAUUAAGGUCUUUUGUUGGGAAAUUAGCCCUUCUUAAUAUUAUAUAUGAUAUUUUCGCCGUUAAAUGGGUCCUUUGUGGUCGAUAUUGACAAACACUGAAAAAAAACUGUAUUUUUUUUUUCUUGAAAUUAUGGAAAAUUUCAAGUUGCUGUAUCUUAGAAAAUAUUUCACCUACAAAGACCAAAUUAGUCUCGUUUUUUUCUAAAUUUUGUUUACUUCAAAAUUGUACAUAACGACUUUAGCCUUAACAUUAACCUCGGAUUUGUCAUUAACACUUCAUCAGAUACAACAUAUCAAAAGAUUAGAAAUACCUUAUUUCAUGCUAGAUAAAAUAUACCAAUUCCAUGGCCUACUAUCCCCUUAUAGGGGUUGUACCUAAAGGAAGUGUUUGCCAAUUCAUUUAACUCUUGUAAAGAUUCAAAAACUAAAUUAUUAAUUAUGAUCCCCAGACAUUGAACGAAAAAUAUUGUUGCCACCUUCUUGUUCUAUGGCGAGGUCUAUAGGGAUUUGAACAGUACGAAUUUCUGCUUAUCCCUCGCUCUAUGUGAGAAAGUGCCAUAUUUUUUCUGUGAUCCAAGCUUAGUGAUUUUUUAAGUGAAAUUUGCGAGGUACUUGAUAAAGCUAAUAAAGUUUCGGAGGUCGAUUCUAAAAUCUUGACAGAUUAUUCUAAUUUCAUUGUUGAUAAUUUAUAAGGUAUUAUUGAAAUUUUUCACUAGUAAUAAGUCCUUUGCGCCUCACCUCAAUGAUAUUUUGUCAUGAUGCAUUACCUUCCCUUACAACCCCUUCAAAGGAAAUAGGUUAAAUAAUCAUUACUCUGUAGUCAUUUUGCAUUUUUCAAUUAGCGAUUAACUGAUUGAAUGAAAAAAUUCUAUCAUUUCAGAAAAAAAUUCUGCAUAAGCCACACACACAAAACUACAAAAAUGGUAAAUAAUUCAAUAGCUUAAUUGGAGAAUGUAAAUAUACUAUAUUAUUAUAUAAUAUAUACAUAUUUAUAUAUACAUAUUAUAUUUAAAUAUUUAUUUUUAAAUUGAAAACUUUCUAGUCAAUGCUUUCGAAAACAAAAAUAAAUCAAAAAACAUACUUAAGUAUUGCAGGGCUGCAUUUUUUGUGCUAUUUACCAAAGACUUUUUUACUUUAUACUACAUAUUUUUUUGUUGAGUUAAAAUUAUAGUUAGGUAUGUUCUCUCUAUUUUUUUAUAAAAUUAAUGUGAAACAAUUCGUCUCUCUAGUAUCUGUUGUGUCCACUUUUUAUUUUUAUACUUUCGCGGGUUUUGAACCCGAAUUCUGAAAACUUGAAAACAACUACUGAAAAUAAAACAUUUUCCUGCCUAAUAACCUUUUUUUUUAUAUCAUAAUGUAUGUAUGUAAUUAUGUAAAAUUGUUUUUUUCCAGUACUUGCUCACAUUGAUCAUUAAUUAUUUUCUUUUUUCUCAUUUAUAAUUUAAUUACACAGCUUUUUUUUGUCAGAGUAAACUUGACAUUUCAAUGAAAAUUUUGUUGCCUGGCAAUUUAACGAAAAAAAAUCCUCUGGAAAAAUUACGUGUCCGUAAGACGAGUAAUUUUUUAAUUUUUCUGACAGUACUCGUGAAAUUGGUUGAAUCAGUUCGAAUAAUCCUGAAACAAAAAUUUAAUUUUGUUUGAAUUCACGUUGAUUUUUACAUACAUACCUACAUUCCAAAAUAAUGUGAUCUUAUAUUUUAACCUGUGAUUUUGUUGUUAGGUAACCUUAUUAAUUAUUGUUAGUUUUUUAUUAUUUUUUGUUUUUGAUUGUUUAUCAUGUAAGUACCUGUUAGCAUUUUAUAUUAGUGUACAACUAUUAUUGUAAGUACCUAUAAUGUAAAGGCAUAAAUGUAUGUUUUACUUAUA